GUGUUCCAGCGGUUGAAGCAUUACCUUCGUUAACACAUAUGUUGUUUACGUAGGUGCAAAACCGUCUUAAAAGGCCUUCAAGCUUAUUAAACCCGCUCUGCCCUUCAGUGUUCUCCAACGUACUCUGUGUCAAUUGCGUUACUUUCCGUGAUAUGUACUGUGACAUAGCACACAUACAAUCUCUUAUCAGCGCACUGGCCUUCCCAAAAACCGUGAAAUCCCGGGAGAUACCACGUUAGUGCCGAAUGUAGCCGUCAUAUGUCUUGAAAACAGGCAGCGUAUGGCUUAUGAUUUGCCUGGCGCCCGCGAGCGGCGCUGAGAGCGAGUCCACACCACCGAGGGAACACACAGGCGUGGAGUCGGCCUGACAGCCCGCGGCCGCGUUCAGCAUGUCUCUUUGGACCGACUACACUUGGAUAGUUGUCUGUGGUGCCCUUGCAUCGUUCUUUACGGUGCGCUGGGGCCUGAUGUUCGCCUAUGGAAUCGGCGCCAACGAUGUCGCGAACGCAUUUGGAAGCAGCGUGGCCGCACGCACGCUCACGCUGCGUCAGGCGCUGCUCAUCGCCGCGGUGUGCGAGUUCAGCGGCAGUGUGCUGCUGGGCGGCCAGGUUACCCGCACCGUCGCCGGCGGCAUAGCACGGCUGUCCACGUUUGAGCGGGUUCCUGAGCUUUACAUGUUUGGGAUGCUGUGUGCGCUCGUGGCGUCUGGGACCUGGCUGCUCGUGGCAACGUACCUGGAACUGCCGGUCAGCACCACCCACUCCAUGAUCGGCGCCGUGUUGGGCUUUGCGUUCGUGUACGGCGGCGUGGAGGCCGUGGUGUGGAUGCAGCCCACCGACAGGUUCCCGUUCAUGUCAGGAAUGGUGCCCAUCGUGCUGUCCUGGUUCACCAGCCCGCUGCUGUGCGGCCUGGCCACUGCCGCGCUGUUCGUGGUGCUGCGGUCCGCCGUACUGCGCAGGGAGAACAGCCUCCAGCUCACCUACGUACUGCUGCCGAUCCUGGUCCUGCUCACCGUUUUCGUGAACUGCUUCUUUGUCUUAAACAAGGGCGCCAGCCGCGAACUGACAUGGAGCAUCGGGCAGUGUGCGUGGGUCAGUGCGGCCGCCGCGGGCGGCUGCUCACUCAUAACCGUGGUUGCCCUUGUGCCGCUGCUACGGCGCGUCGUGGGCAAGGAAGAGGAGAAACGCUCCCGGCGGCGGCUGCAGCUCUACCGCGCGGCCUCACGAGGCGUGGACGACGCAGCAGCCCGCGGCAGCGCCGGCACGGGCGGCACGGGCGCCCCUGCCACCCGGUCAAGCUCUGCGGCGCAGAAGCAUGGCAGCCACCGUGUGAGCGGCGGCGCCCUGGACCCCGCCCCCACCGGUGACGACUUCGCGGCUGGCGGCGGCGCCGGCGGUGACUCCGGGACGGCGCUGCUGGCGCCGCCGCCGGCAGCGGUGGUUGCGGCAAACCAUGGCCGUGAUGGCGGCGGUAAUGCCGGCGGCGACUGGGGCCGCCAGUCGCAGCAGCACCAGCAGCAGCACCAGCAUUCGGGCUACGGGCCGCCGCAGCAGUACGACGGCCAGGCCGGCACGGCCAUGCAGCUGCAUGCCGUGCUGCGCCACUCGCACUCGCGCUCUCACUCCCAGGUGUCGUACCAGCACGCCUCCAUCGGUACCUCGCAGUACGGCAACUCCCAGUACGGCACGACCAUGGGCGCCAUGGAUGCCACUGGCGGCAUCGGAACGACUACAGAGGACGAGCGUUUCAGCCAGGCUACUCAGCACCACAGCAGCAGCGCUGGCGGCGCGGCGCCGGCACCGGUGCCGUACGGCGCCGGCCGUUCAGCGUCCCUGCCGCACCCCAGGUACCUCAAAGACAGCGAAUCCUACGGGCCCAUCAACAACUCCGCGCCGCCGCGCGGCACUGGAGUCCUUGCCACGGCCCAGUCCAUGCGCGCUCUUGCCAACCCCUCGGACGCCCACGGCCCCGGCGCCGCCACCGGCAGCAGCAGCUCUGCCUCGCUGCCGCUAGGGCGUCGUGAGUCAGCCGACAGCCGCGGCCUCCCCGUGUUCCCACGCACUGGCUCGGGGCGGCUCGUGGCCAGCUCCGCCGCAGCCACACACGUGUUCGACGCGGCUGGCGGCGGCGGCGGCACUGACUCUGGCACCGCCCACGCGUCCAGUAGCUCCGCGCCUUCGGCCGCUGUGCGCACGGGCGUGGAAGGCCUUGCAUCGGGGCCGGGUGGGCAGAGCGAGGCGGCAGCGGAAGCGACGCCGUCUGGCGCUUUGGGGCCGGGCCAGCAGCAGUGCCCUGCUGAGGGCAGCGGGGCCGCCACACUGAGCGGGGAGGGCUUCAGUAGCCACCAGGACGGCUCACAAGGCGGCGCCGCCAUGGCCGAUAGCGUCACCGCCCAUGGUUCGGUAGGAGCGGCGGUGCAGUUGGGCGGCGGCAGCAGCGGCACGGUGACACCCGGGGCAGCAGAACCAGGCGCGGUCGCAGUCGGCGGCGGUGGAUCCGCAAUGGAAGAGCAGGCGGCGGCGGAUGGGCGGAUGGCGCAGCAAAGCAGUGCGCAAGGGCAGGGCGCGCCGCAGGCGAUGAUCGCUGUUGGACCCCAAGUGCUGCAGCAGCAGGCGCAGUGGGUGCAGCCGCUGCAGCAGGCACCUUCUUGGCAGGCGGAGCAGCCGCAGCAGGGCUGGAGCCAGUCGCAGCAGGGCUGGAGCCAGCCGCCGCAGCAGCUGCAACAAAACUGGGGCCAGCAGCAACAGGGCUGGCAGCAACAACACGGGCAGCAACAAGGGUGGCAGGUCCAACAACAUUGGCAGCAGCAGCAGCAGCAAGGCUGGCAGCAGCAGCAGCAGCAGGGCUGGCAGCAACGACAACAGCCAUGGCAGCCCCAGCAGCAGCAGCAGCAGUGGCACCGAAGCUCAGCACCGCAGGCUCAACAUUAUGCGGCGAACUGGAACCCACAGCAACAGGGCUGGCAGCAGGGUCAGCAGCAGCCCGCGUAUGCACAGCAGCCCCAACAGCAGCAGUGGCAACAGCAGCAACACUACGGCAACCCAGGCGGUUACGCGGGGGCGGGCCCUGCUGCCAACGCUCCCGGCUACGGCCAGCGCGGCGGCGGCGGCGCCAACCCCUUCGCCCGCCAGAACUAUGCGCAGCAGGCCGGCCCCAUCGCCGAGGGCAUGGACUGGACUCGCAAGUCUUUGGGCUGGGCCAAUCCCGCAUCUGCAUACGGCGGCAGCGGGCAGGAAGGGCAUGACGCCGGGUAUGGCAGAGGCGACACGCCGACUGACCUGAAAGCAGCGGCGGCUCAUGACGCCGACGCCUCCUACGAUGAUGCGGAUUCCGAGAUGGAGAGCGGCGGGGACCACGACCGAGCUCAGCACAGCCCCUCGGGUGUGGGCGGCGGCGGCGCGGGCGGCGGUGGGCAGGCCGUCAACCCGCACUGGCAGAACACGUUCGACCAGCUGAAGGCCAUCGUGCUGCACGGCACGCGCGUCAACGUGCAUGAUGCGCUCGAGACCGACAUGACGGCGCAGGCCAUUCACUUGGCCGCCGAGGUGUUUGACCCGGACACGGAGUACGCCUUCCGCUACCUGCAGGUGAUCACUGCCAUGUGCGACUCUUUCAGCCACGGCGCCAACGACGUCGCCAAUGCGGUGGGGCCGUUCUGCGCCAUCUGGUACAUCUACAACAACAUGCGGAUCGACUACCAAGCUGACCUGCCGAUUUGGAUCCUGGUUGUUGGCGGCGCGGGCAUUGUGGUGGGGCUGGGCACAUACGGCUACAACAUCAUUCGCGCCAUCGGCAUGAGGUUGUCCGCCAUCACGCCCGCCCGCGGCUUCUGCAUUGAGCUGGCCACAGCUGUGGUGGUGGUGGUGGCAUCCAACUAUGGGCUACCCAUCUCCACUACCCACUGCCAGGUCGGCGCCACUGCCGGCAUGGGCCUGACGGAGGGCAGUGCCGGCAUCAACUGGGUGCUGGCGCUGCAGUUCUUCCUGGGCUGGGUGGUGACGCUGCUGAUCACGGGCGUGUUGAGUGCGGCGCUGUUCGCGGCGGGGGCCUACGCGCCCAGCAUCAUACAGGAGCGGGACGUCGCCAAAUACGAGGACACGCUGCUGAGGCUGACGGCGCAGCUGGACUCGCUGCUCAACCGCACCAACCAGGCCGGCGUGUCCGACCCCGCCACCUGGGGCACCUACAGCGCGGCGCUGCAGGCGAAGCUGCAGUCCAACGCGGCCUUCCUCAAGGACGUCAACACGCCCGGCACCAAGAGCAACACGCGGCCCGUGCAGCACCUAGACGCCGACACGAUGACGGCCUUCCUGAACAGCACCGUGACCACCUACCUCAACAACAGCCUGCCGUACAUCGGCGGCAUGCCAGCCAAGGGCCUUGUGCUACCGCGCGACCGCGGGGCGUAGGUAUUGGGGAAGGUUGCCCUAGGGCAGAGCUUUUUGUUGAGGGAUGCCAAAUGUACACUGCAUGGGUUCGCGCCUUCGUGCAAGCAAGCAUCCAGGUAAAAUUUCAAGGGAAUUCAUAGCCAUGGCCUGCUCAGGGCCCCUUUGCAUGCCGGCAAGUUGUUUUAUGCGUACCAACCAAAACGGUUUUGUGCAGUGCCGUGUUGGAGCCUGCUCCUUAGGGUGUGUCUUGUUGGGGUGGGUGGGUGAUACUGGGUGUUUGCCAGGCUUAGAUAUAAAAUACCAGUGACUCAUAAUCACAGCCAUAAUGUCGAUUUUUUAUGCAUCGAGUUCGGAGCCCGGAGUUGAGGGCUCCUGUGCUGCACGCCCGGGCUGUUCCAUCUUGCAAUGCUGCAAGCAUGCGGUGGUGAUAGAGCGUGGCCAGCAGCAGAAGUGCGGCCAAUUUGUGAGCUGGCAGGUGCGCGAGGGAGUUGGUGAAAAAUUCUUUUUAUGGUGUACGAACCCUUGAUGAAGGGUUGCGAUCUACUAACAUGGGAAGGCCGGCGUGAUUGCUGGGCACGAGUAGCAGCAGUUGCUGGAGAACGGGAAGGUGGUUGAAUGGGUUGGUCGCAAUAACAUGUAUGGAUAUGAAUAGGUCGGGAGUUUCCUUGCUGCCUAACAGGUACAAAAUGCUGGGGCGAACUGGGAUCUACGUGGGUUUGAGACGUGUGUGGCAGUCCAUUCCAUGUGUGAUUAUCCCAACUAGUUUGGGUGCCCUGGAUAUACGGCUAUUUAUGGGGCCAAAGCGCUCGCGGCGUGCUGCCUUGCAUGCUGCAGCAUUUAACCGGCUGAAGGCCUCAGGAUAACUGUGGUCUUGCGUACGACCGUAUGUGUGCUGGGACGUUAGCAUGUGAGCAUGGAACUACAGAGAGAGCAAUUGUGGCCUCCGACCUGCCCACCACUUCGUUGUGUGUAAGUUACCGUAGUGGGGCUUGCUAGUUGCCUAUGCCCCGCGUGUUUUCUCGGCAAGGGACAAGGAAGGCUGGGCAGCCUGGGCUCGUGGGCCAAGUACACCCCAACAGCCGCUGCUGUUGCACACAGUUUGUUUGCUUUGCUCCCCCGCUGACUCGUGGCCACACCCGGUGGCCGGGCGCAAUGUGCGUGGCGGCGCGCCAUUUUGGGGCUGUACGGUACCACGCACUCCC